AUGGAAUCUGAAUCCUCCCAUCAGCACCCAAUGCACAGCAAACUCACAAACCAUGACUCAAUCUUGACAAUCCCAAUUCUACCAGCAGAACUCGUUAUUGAAAUCCUCUCAAGGCUUCCUAUGAAGUCCCUCUUGCAAUUCACGUGUGUAUCGAAAUCUUGGCUUUCAUUGAUCUCUAGCCCUGAAUUUAUCAAAACCCAUCUCAGUUUAUCCGCUAAUAACAAGGGCUACACCCACCAUAAGGUUAUGAUGAGUUCCUACUCUCGUCUUACGUCCAAUGUUAAAGUAUGUAGUCUUAGGUCUUUAUUUUAUGAUUCUAUUACCGAGGCUUUUGACUUGGAUUGUCCCAUGUUAUCAUAUGAAAGAUACAGGUACGAUGAAGUUUCUUUUAUAGUUUCUGUCAAUGGAUUGAUUUGUCUUCUCAUUCGGGACAAUGACUAUUUUAUAUGGAAUCCAUCAAUCAGAAAGUACAAGAAAUUACCUAAACCUAGAACUACGAAGUUGGUCAUUUACCGAACAGUAUCUGGUUUUGGAUAUGAUGAGUUCCAUGAUGAUUAUAAGGUGGUAAUGGUUAAUUUUUAUGAUUGUGCUGACGAUGGUGAGGUCAAAAUAUAUAGUCUAAAGAGUGAUUCUUGGAGAAGUGUUGAUAAUGGUGGCCGGGUGCUAGCAAAUGGUCAAGGGAUGUUUGUCAAUGGAAAACUUCAUUGGGCUGCUAGUGAUGGUUAUUGUUUUAAUCAUAAGAGCAAAAUCAUCAUGACUUCAUUAAAGAAUCUUGGAUGA